AUGUCAGCUUUCACCGCCCUCAAUGGGGGCUCACCACCAAAGACAUCAGAACCGACGAACCAGCCUGCCGACGCCGCCGCCAGAGCAUCGCCAGAGGACCAUCGCUCCAACGGCUCGCCCACCCAUCAUGAACCUAAAGCGCCCACCGCCGCAGAGGCGACGAGGGAAAGCUGGGCUGGCCCGAGAGGCCAGGACAAGUCGCCAUACCACUCGACGAAUUACCCUGAUGUUGACGGCUCUCUCAAGAGGAAGCGGUCAGACUCGCCGCCGCAGCAGAGAAAUGCGCCCAUGACUCACGAGAGAUCGCCAGAUGCGCCAGCUCACCCCUCAGAAACACGCAGUCCGUAUCGGUCACCGCCGCCCGAUCACCGCCCUCGGGAACGCGAGGACCAGCGUGAAGGCGACUCGUGGUAUUCCCGGGAAGGAGACAGAGAGGACCGCAGUUACUACGACCACUCAACGAUGUCUGCCCAGUCAGAAGACCAGAUUGGGGAGCUCCAGCGGGCAAAUCAGAUGGACAGCCAGGGUUACGACAACACCAGCCCGGAUGGCGAUGACAAGAGCAUGCCUUACAGCCCUUACACUCCGACCGGCGGCUCUCGCGACGCCAUUCUCCAGUCCGAGAAGAAGAGGAAGCGUAACUUUAGCAAUCGUACCAAGACUGGGUGCAUGACCUGCCGGCGGAGGAAAAAGAAAUGCGACGAGCAGAAGCCCGAGUGUAGCAACUGCAUCCGCGGCGGCUUCGUUUGCGCAGGAUAUCCUCCACAGCGCAACGCGGUCUGGCAGAAGUCGGACAACAAGGCCACGGCCAUUCCUCUGGAGUCAAAGGACCCGAGCUACGUCCCGCCUGGUGCUUACGGUAUGCCCCAGUCUCAACCACCGCAAUCUCAACCUCAGCCUCAGCCGCAAGCACAACCUCAAUCUCAACCCCCACCCCAGCCUCAGCAUCAAUCACAGCCUCCGCACCAGCCCCAGCCUCAGCACCCACAGCAAGCCCCUUACGGCACUCAGCCUGCCGUCGGGCAGAGGCGUGAGCCUCUCUCUUAUCAUCGAGGACAACCGCUGAGGAUAGACACUCCUCAAGGCCGGCCCAUCGCAGAUCAAGACGUUGAUCGGCAGACCGGAUCGACGCUGUCGGCUUCCAUGGUGUCUAACCCGCUCUCCGGGUCCACGCUGACACCCUCGACAAUACCAAGCGUCAAUAGCGCCAUCAGCCCCGACCAGAAGCAGCUGUCGCCCUCCGGUCACCCUUACCCGUUCAACGUGACCUCGAGCCCGCAGCAGCAGCGAGAGCCGCACCCGCCCAUCUCCGAGAAACGGUUCGACCGCGUGCCACCCCUGCUCGACCUCAGCAGGACGGCCAACGACCCCGACACCCCGUACCCGGCCCCGACGUUGCCCCAGAUCAACAUCCUGCACCCGACGAGAUCGAACAGCCCGAACCCGCAACCGCCAGCCACGACGAACGUCCAGGUGGCGGCGCAGCUGGCGCUCUCCCACGCGCAGUUCCCCGCGAACAACCGCAUCCGGUCGCAGAAGGAGGAGAUGCUGAGCGGCAAAUUCUACUACCCCUUCGACAAGGAGCUCGUCCUCGAGCGUGAGCGCUGCAGCGCCGCCUGCUGGCGCUUCAACAACUCCACCAACCCUAACAACGGUGUCUCCCCCAACGAGAGGGCCCGCCUGUUCCGCGAGAUCUUGCAGCCGCGUGAGCUCCUCUCGCCCUCCCCCGGGUCGUCCCCCGUGACCAACAUUGGCCGGGUCGGCGAGAACGUCGUGGUCGAGGCGCCAUUCGUGUGCGACUACGGGUACAACAUCGUCAUCGGGCAGAACGUUAUCGUCGGCCGCAGCUGCACGAUUCUCGACGCCGCAGAGGUGAACAUCGGAGACAACUGCCACAUCGGGCCCAACGUCAGCAUCUACGCCGCGACACUGCACACCGAUCCGAAGAGACGGCAGGGCAGCAAGGGUCCGCAGAUUGGUAGGCCCGUCACCAUUGACCAGGACUGCUGGAUCGGUGGAGGCGUCACCAUUCUGCCCGGCAUCACCAUUGGAAAGGGCAGCACUGUCGGUGCCGGUUCCGUCGUUACCAAGAACGUGCCGCCCUUCACCAUCGUCGGCGGCAACCCGGCCAGAGUCCUCCGCGGCAUCGGCUCUUGA